AUAAAAAAUAUUUUUAGGUUAUCUAGUGAAUUAAAAUAAUUCAGAAAUUCCUUAAAAAUGCCGUUCAUGAAAGGAAGAGCCCCUAUUCGCCGCACUUUGAACUACCUCAAUGCAGGAAAACUAGUUUUCAAGGAUAAAAUAAGAAUAUUUUCUGUCGCGUACAAUAUUUACGGCCAAAACAAUAAUGGUGCAAAAGAUUUCGUAUUUUGGUAUUUACCACAGAUCCAGUACAAAAAUCCCGACGUGCAAGUGGUUACUAUGAAGAAUCUUACACCUUCGCCGUUUAUUAAGUGUUAUUUUGAAGAUGGGAGACGAAUUUUAGUCGACGUCGAUAAUAAAUCCAAAGAAGAUAUAUUGGAUCAUUUAUUGAAUACAGUUGGAAAGUCAAAGGAGGUUUUGGAAGCGGAGGCUACAGCUGCUGAGAAGAAGGAUAAUCCUGCUAACUUCGGAGUUGGUUGUGAAAGAGCUUGUAUUUGUGAAACAUAUGGGCAAAUACCCUGCCCUGGUGUUGUGCCUUUACCAAAAUGUAUGAGAGGCAAAUAUUUAAACCAACGAGAUUAGUAUAAAGUGUGUGUAUCAUUUAAUAAAAGAAACUAAGUGUAUAAAAAUUAUAUGAAGUGAUAAGAUAGAA